AUGGCGGAGGCAGUGUUGCAGGCGGUGCGAAGGCAACUCUUAGAAUUCCCAGCUACUGCGGGAGAGCUGUGCGUGCCCUUCACUGUGCCGUACCUGGAUGGGGCCCCGAGCCCGCUCCAGUUCUACCGGGACUGGGUAUGUCCCAACAGGCCGUGCAUCUUCCGCAAUGCUCUGCGGCACUGGCCCGCCCUGGACAAGUGGACACUACCCUACCUCAGGGCCACGGUAGGCAGCGCGGAGGUGAGUGUGGCUGUGACUCCUGACGGAUACGCCGACGCCGUUCGUGGGGAGCGGUUUGUGAUGCCCGCAGAGCGGCGGCUGCCUCUGAGUUCGGUGAUCGACGUGCUGGAGGGCCGGGUCCGGCACCCUGGGGUGCUGUAUGUGCAGAAGCAGUGCUCUAAUCUCUUCUGUGAACUACCCCAGUUACUGCCCGACGUUGAGCCCCACGUGCCCUGGGCCACAGAAGCACUGGGGAAGAUGCCUGAUGCUGUGAACUUCUGGCUCGGAGAAGGAGCCGCAGUGACCUCUUUGCACAAGGACCACUACGAGAACCUGUACUGCGUGAUAGCCGGGGAGAAGCACUUCCUCCUGCACCCGCCCAGUGACCGGCCUUUCAUCCCCUACGAGCUGUAUGCACCAGCCUCCUACCACAUGGCCCAGGACGGCUCCUUCAUGAUCGUGGAUGAGGAGGCGUCGGAGAAGGUCCCCUGGAUCCCGCUGGAUCCCUUGGCUCCAGACCUGGCCCGCUUUCCCCUCUAUGAGCAGGCCCGGCCACUGCGCUGCAGGGUACAGGCAGGGGAGAUGCUCUACUUGCCGGCUCUCUGGUUUCACCACGUCCGUCAGUCUCACGGCUGUGUCGCUGUGAAUUUCUGGUACGACAUGGAAUAUGACCUCAAGUACAGCUACUACCAGCUUCUGGACUCCCUCUCACAGGCAACAGGCCUUGAGAAGCCCCUGGGCUUCAAGGCUUUUUCCUGGGGAGAACCAGGCUAUGAACAGGGACCUGUUUGGGACAGUUUUGCCAGACAGGCUCGGCCUCUGAAGCAAAGGCCUUUGCCUGGGAGCAGUCUACUGUCUGUUCGGAUCCUAAAGGCCCACGGUUUCCCAUCCAAAGACAUCCUAACCCAGUCUGACAGCUAUGUGAGCCUAUGGCUGCCCACAGCAUCAAGCCAAGAGCUUCGGACACGUACCGUAAGGAACUGCAGUAACCCUGUCUGGAACCAGACCUUCCGCUUCCGGAUUCACAGCCACCUCAAGAAUAUGCUGGAGCUGAAAAUGUUUGACCAGGACUUUAUGACCAAAGAUGACCCCAUAUUCUCUGUGCUCUUUGAUGUGGGGACUCUGAAAGCUGGCGAGAGCCACCGGGAGAACUUUACCCUCAAUCCUCAGGGCAAGGAACAGCUGGAGGUGGAAUUUCGUCUGCAAAGUUUCCCAGCAUGCCCUGAACAGCUCAUCACCAAUGGUGUCCUCGUGGCCCGUGAACUUUCCAGCUUGGAUGUUAAGGUAGAAAAGAUAGAGAGUACCCUAGAUAACGCAGAGUCAGACAGUAGAGUCCAAGCCAUAGUGCCUGGGUCCUACGAGGGCAGCCAGAGCAUCAUCCCAGGCACCAGCCCUGUCCGAUUCCACUCUCCAACUUCCUGGGAGUCAGAGCUGAGUGUUAAGUUCCAGGACACUUCCCAGGAGGCACUGAAAGUGCCCCUGAAGUCAUUACCUUCUGGUCAUGCAGUGAAGGUCUCCUUACCCACAACAAAGGAACCAGCACUGAUGAUGCAGCUGAAAACCGAGAAACGCCCGGAGGAGCUGGCCGUGCGCCUGGGCUUCGGGCUGUGCGAGGAGGAGCAGGCGUUCCUGAAGAAGAGGAAGCAGGUGGUGGCCAAAGCCCUGAAACAGGUUCUGCAGCUGGAGAACGAGCUGCAGGAGGAUGAGGUUCCAGUGGUGGCCAUCAUGGCCACAGGUGGCGGGAUCCGGGCGAUGACUUCCCUGUAUGGGCAGCUCUCAGGCCUGAAGGAGCUGGGGCUUUUGGAUUGUGUCUCCUACAUCACAGGAGCCUCAGGCUCCACAUGGUCCUGUGUUCAGUUGGAACUGGUGGGCCGGUACUGCCAGCAGCAGGGAAUCCCAUUUCCUCCCAUCACUCCGAGUCCAGAGGAUAGGAAGCAGCCCCAGGAAUGCCACGUCUUCUCUGACCCGGAGUCUCCAGCUGCCCCCGUAGUGCUCCAUUUCCCCAUGGUCAGUGACUCCUUCCGGCAGCACUCGGCUCCCGGCGUCCGGCGGAAGCCUGAAGAACUGGCGGCUGGAGAGGUGAACUUGUCCUCUUCUGGUUCCCCUUAUCAUUACACCAAGGUGACCUACAGCGAGGAGAAUGCGGACAAACUACUCCGUCUGACCCGGUACAACAUCUGUAACAAUCAAGAGCGGCUCCUCGGGGCCCUCAGGGAAGCUGUGGAGCGCAGGAGGCGGCGGAGUCGGCAGGGUCAGGAGUGAUGGAGGGACCGCUGGGAUCCCAUGAACUGCGCCGCUGGCCCAGGGUCAUCCUCCGGCUCCCUCCCUCGGUUUUCUGUUCCUUCGUGGCCGUAUGGAAUCGGCCUCCAUUCUUCUAGAAUUCCAGCGUUGCAAAGGUGGAGGGACGGGCUGAGUUGCCUCCUUGGGUUGUCCAGCUUCCUUCUUGGCUCUUCCAUCCAAACCUUGGCGACCAAACCUCGGGAAUGUCUCGGGCGCGAGGUCUGCUUCAGCGGGCUUCCAAACCUACCCCAAGAAGUUCUGGAGGACCCUGGGGUGGGCGCCACAGAGAGGAAGACCUGGGGGACAAGCCUUAUCAGAAAUGCCUGUUGGGACCACCAGGGAAAAGAAAAGAAAGCAAAGCCAA